AUGGGCAAAAUAAGGGACAUUGCUGGGUGGAUAAUAGUGAAAGAAAGCAAUGCCUGUUUAAAUUACAUCAAAAGUUGUAAAGGAUCUAGAUGUGAUAAAGUGCAAGAUAGAAUAAAGACUGAAAGAGAAAUCAAGUCUGUUUUGGAUAGUCUGAAAGCAAGUAAAGAAAUAUUGAUGGAAACCAGAUAUCCAGAAUCACUGGAACAUAUAGAGACACAUGACAGGGGUGGUAAAGCAUUUGUAUCUGAUGAGUUCUAUGAAUACAUGGUAGCAGUGGGUUCCCAUGCGGUAUUGUUAUUAUCAGACAAGACAUUGACUAAAUUCAAAGAAGAUUCUAUAAAACUUGCUUGGAAAUCAUUGCUUUCUAAUGAGGAUUUAAAAAGAAAAUUUGAAAAAAUGAUUAACCAUAUUUCAAGCAAGACCUAUGUGGAGGAUGGCAACGACAACGUUCGUCAAUCAGAAGAGUCCAUAUCACUUGAUAGUGUUGAAGGUAUUUUUUUGUGUAUAUUAUAUAUACUAGUAUAAGUCACUUAAAUUAGUUAAAUAUAUACAAUACAUUAGAAGUCAACACAAAACAAUGGUGAAGGGUAGACUUUAAUUUUUGGAUUCCAUCUUCAUAACUGUAGGCUCUUUAAAUGGAACUUCUCAUUCCCUUGGAUAUGAUGAUAGCCCAGCUGUGCAUGUUAGCAGUAAAGUCGAUUCAUCCAUGAGCAAUACAAGACCAUAUGAUGAUGAGUACUGGAUGACAAAUGUUGGUCAACAUGAAAUGACAAAGGAUACUCAUAAAGGUGAUAGUGCUAUAAUGUCAAUGUAUGAUAAAUUUCCUACUAUGACUAACAUUGUGUUUAUUAUGAUUCUAUCAAUAGAAUUCGAUUCUAUCAGUGGAACCUUACACACACCUGGUGACAGACCAGUUAUUGAAUUGGUCAAGAAUGAAGAUGAAUAUAAUCUACUGAAUGGUGACAGUCUGAAUGAUGAUGAAAUAAUGGGAGAAUUUAAUGAAAAUGAAAGUGUUAGUGGUAAGUCAUGUUAA